CACCUGACUUAAUAAUUUUAAAUAUCUUGCUUUUUUUAUGGUGGAAAAAAGUUAUUUUGUUUAGAAUGUCCAAUAUUAUUAUAAGAACGAAAUUGAUCUAAAGUUCGUAUUUUCAAGGUUAUUAAUAUAUUUGUUUUAAUGGGACUACAUAUUUCUUUUUAUUACGGCAGGAUAGCUGAGGUCAAGACGAAUCUACUGACCUAUGAUUUUCCUAUGAUCUUGAAUACGAAAAAUAUAGAAAUAUUUAGUCAGAUGUAAAUAAUGAAACAACACAGUUCACAGGCCAAAGUUAUUUUAAUAAAUGUUUAAAAUGAUAUCCUUCCUUCAUUUAUGUAAUCAAUUUUUUGGCCCUGCCUAUGGUUUCCCAAUAUAUGUAUGUACGAGAUCUCGGACCAAGUUCUAGCAGGGUUGGAUAGGAUUAUACGUGGUUUUCUACAUGUAUAUUACAACAUAUAAUACGUCCAUAGUUUCCUAGAUCACUACGAAGUAUAUUACGACCUUCUACUUCUAUACAGAAAAUAAUAAAUCCAGUUGGAAAUUUGAUAUUGAACACUGUUAAGUCGAAAGAAUUUUGAAUGUAAGCGCCGAACUAAUUCUUUACAAUGUUUUACGUGUUUACAAAUGCACUAAAAGACGUUUAUAACCUCAUGGAUACAUAUGUACAUAAUGGAAUCGGAUUUUAUAUGUAUUGAAUUAAUAAAGUGGAGUUCGACAACUCGACUUAGUAGAAGUUUAACUGGUUUGCACUUGGUUUAAACCUGCUGUAAACCAAUUAAACUUCGGUUAACUCGAGUUAUGGAACCGGGCUUUACGGCGGACCCGAUAAAUCCAGGAUUUCGUGUAAGAUGGAGUUUAUAUAUUUUAGUGGAAUUAAUCGAACAAGUAACGCCAUCUCAGGACAGGACGGUACCAGUUGGUACCACAAUAAGAGUGCUUCUACAUUUUCUUGAAUAAUGGACUUCUAAGCUCGUUUAAAUCCAUAGGUUUUAAUUUCAAAUCUGUUAUUUUCGAGCGAACAAAGAAACGCGGGGACAAUUUUGGAUAGUUUUGUUUUAAACAACAAUUGUUAAUGUUUUAAAUACAGUGUAUUUUUAAAAGUAUUAAAUAGGACGUUAAAGGUUUUCUAUUUGUGUGGUAUAUUAUUUCAGAAAGUCGUAUUAAUAAUGGCUGUACAACCAAAUCAGCAAUUUAGCAUGGAUCCCCCGACUCAACAAAGCUUUGUCAGGUUUUUUAAGAAUCUGCCAGAAAAACCCAGUAGCACCAUAAGAUUUUUCAAUAGAUCGGAUUAUUACACUUUACAUGGAAGUGAUGCUCUAUUCGCCGCGCAGGAAGUCUUCAAGACAACGUCCGUUUGUAAAAUAAUUGGUGCUGAACCGAAUAGAACAGAGGGAUUAAUUCUUAACAAAGGACACUUCGAGACGUUCAUACGCGAUUUGUUAUUGGUAAAACAAUAUAGAGUUGAAGUGUACGUGAACAAGGGGGCAGUAAAAACUCAGAAUUGGGUUUUGGAGUACAAAGGCUCUCCAGGAAAUUUGGCACAGUUUGAAGAGAUUCUGUUCAGUAAUAAUGAUGUCGCUGUCAGUACAUCGAUUAUAGCUAUUAAACUUGGGAGUGAAGGAAAAGCAAGAACCGUUGGCUUGAGCUGCGUUGAUACUAUAGCAACGGCAAUAUCGGUAUGCGAAUUUCAAGAUGACGAAGCAUUUUCAAAUUUGGAAGCACUUAUUGUUACGCUGGCACCUAAAGAGUGUUUGCUUACUCAAGGAGACGGGAACUACGAGUUUCAGACAUUGAAACAACUUAUGGAAAGAAACAACGUCAUGAUUACCCUGAGGAAGAAAUCGGAAUUCUCAACCGAAACGUUAACACAGGAUUUAAAUACACUUAUCAAGUUCAAAAAGGGGCAGCAGCAAAAUGCACAGGCGUUACCCGAAACUAAUUUAAAAAUAGCGAUGUCCGCAACUUCUGCCAUCAUAAAGUAUUUAGACCUGACGGCAGAUAGUGGGAAUAUAAACCAAUUUACCAUCAAGCAAUUAGAGCAAUCUCGAUACGUUAGAUUGGAUGCAGCAGCGAUUAAAGCUCUAAAUAUUGAAACACGACCAGACACCGCCAAUACAACAAGUGGAGGAGCACCAACGAGUAUUUUAGCUUUAUUGGAUAAAUGUCGAACACCUCAAGGUCAUCGAUUAAUCGCACAGUGGAUUAGACAACCUCUCAGGGAUUUAAGUCUUAUAAAAGAAAGGCACGAUAUUGUUGAAGUAUUAAUUAAAGACAACGAUUUAAGAGCAACUCUCAACGAAGAUCUUCUUCGAAGGGUACCCGAUUUGCAACAGCUCGCGAAAAAGCUCUCUAGAAAAAAAGCCAAUUUACAGGAUUGUUACAAAAUUUAUCUGUGCAUCUCGCAUUUACCGGUGCUGUUAGAACAGUUAUCUACCGACCAAUCAGCUGCUCUCAAAGCAAUGAUAUCAGAUCCAUUGAAAGAGCUUAUAACUGACAUGGACAAGUUUCAACAAAUGAUUGAACAAACAAUGGAUCUCGAUGCUGCGGGAAAAGGCGAUUUUAUGGUUCGUCCUGAUUUUGAUGAUGAAUUAAAGGAAUUGAAACAGAACAUGGACGAGUUAGAAGAAAAACUCGAAGGACAGUUAGGCAAAGCUGCAAAGGAUUUGUCGUUAGAGGCAGGGAAAGUUCUAAAACUGGAAAGUAACCAACAAUUCGGGUAUUACCUCCGUAUAACUUUAAAGGAAGAGAAAAUCUUGAGGAACAAAAAACAAUACACAAUUCUCGAUUCCAAUAAAGGUGGCGUGAGAUUUAGAAAUAGUAAAAUGGAUGAUUUGAAUAAUGAUUAUAUCGUUGCGAGGGACAAGUAUGCUACUCAGCAAAAGUCUGUCGUAGGAGAAAUUAUCAGCAUUGCAGCUGGCUACACUGGUCUUAUCAAAUCGAUUGGCUCCAUUAUCGCUUCUUUAGAUGUACUUACAGCUUUUGCUCAAGUAUCGGUCUGUGCUCAUAAAGCAUAUGUGCGCCCUGAAAUGCUUCCAAGUGAUGCUGGAGAAUUAACGCUCGUUCAAGUCCGUCAUCCUUGUUUGGAAGUGCAACAGGGGGUUGAUUACAUACCUAAUGAUAUUAAUUUAAAGAGAGAUGAGGCUCAUUUCUAUAUAAUAACAGGCCCAAAUAUGGGUGGGAAAAGUACGUACAUUAGAUCCGCUGGGGUUGCAGCAUUAAUGGCACAUAUUGGUUGCUUUAUACCUUGCGAAAUGGCACGAAUUUCGUUAUUGGAUUCCAUAUUAGCAAGAGUCGGAGCUGAUGACUCCCAAACGAAGGGGCUUUCUACGUUCAUGACAGAAAUGAUAGAAACGGCAACCAUACUUCGGACAGCAACUUGUAACUCUCUUGUUAUAAUUGAUGAACUGGGACGCGGUACUUCGACAUAUGAAGGUUGUGGUAUGGCUUGGUCGAUUGCAGAGCAUUUAGCUAAGGAUGUAAAAGCAUAUUGCUUCUUUGCAACUCAUUUUCACGAAGUUACUAGACUGGCUGAAGAUGUACCUACUGUAAAAAAUCUGCAUGUAACCGCUCUUACCGGCGAUAAUAAUCUUACUUUAUUAUACAAAGUGAAACCUGGAAUCUGUGAUCAAAGUUUUGGUCUUCACGUUGCCAAAAUAGCCAAUUUCCCCACAGACGUUAUAGAGUUCGCUAAAAGAAAACAAACUGAGUUAGAAAACUUUCAAGAUGUUGCAUUUGAAGGAUCUGCAAGUCCGGAAAAGAAGCGGAAAAUUAUUAAGGAAGCAGAGGAACUUAUUGCUCAAUUUGCUGCAAAAUGCAAAGCACUUGAUCAGUCUCUACCAGAGUCUGAACUAAAAAAGUCCAUUUCUGCAUAUAAGGACGAAAUCAUGGCUUGUAAUAAUCAGUAUAUUAAGGCAUUAUUACCCGCGUAAGGAAAAUUCCAAACAAGUCAUGUAAACAGCAUAUAUUGUAUACAUGUAUAAAAAAUGAUUUUUUACUUUUGUACUGAAAA